CUCGCAUCAGACGAGAUUGUACGAGAGAAGCUCCCGAGGAAGGAACAUUGUUGUGGUGCACUCCCUUGUUCUUCGCUUCCUCCUCUCUCUCAUUUUACAGUUUUUUGAUCAGUACAAGUUUGAAACUAUUCAGAAAUGAGCGAAGAUAACACCGAGAUCAAAGGAGAGCAGGAAGUGGACUUAAUGGAAGAACUGUUGGAUUCUGCCGAAAACUUUGAUGAACUGAAUGAUGUGUCCGACGAUAAAACCAAUAAACGCCGGAAGAAAGUUGCAGAGGUGAAAGAUGCCAUGGCUAAGGUAAAAAAAGAUGAGUCUAAAGAAAUUGCAGCCAAGAGAGCCAAGUUAAAGGAGAAGCAGGAAGCAGCCCGUGCAAAGAGGGAGGGGAAGAAGAAGCCCAAGAGUAUCAAAAAGGAGGCUGAAGGUGAAGAAGGAGACAAAGCUGUAGAAGGAGAUGGAGAUAUGGAGUUUGACACACGGAGUGAAGCAUCAUCUGAUCACCAGUUCUCAGACGAUGAACCAUCCAUGAGUGAGGCAUCCAGAGCAUCCUCUAUCUCGAGGGAUUCCUCAAUCGAGAAGGACGAAUCUGAAGAUAAAGAUGAUACCAGGAAACGCAAGCGUAGUACAUCAGAAACGUCCUUGAAGAGCAAUGAAGAUUCACUCAAGAAAGGGAAGGAAAGUUCUACAAAGAAGAAAUACGACUAUAUUACCAAAGUGAACUACAUGUUCCGCGACGCAAGGUUCUUCCUCAUGAAAUCAAAUAACGCAGAGAACAUUUCACUCUCUAAGACAAAGGGAGUUUGGUCCACUCCACCUCAGAAUGAAGCUAAACUUAACCAAGCCUUCAGGGAAGCAAGAAAUGUCAUUCUCAUAUUUUCCAUUAAAGAGAGUGGACGCUUUUGUGGAUUUGCGCGGCUUGCUGGUGAAUCUCGAAGGGACCUUCCUCCUGUUACAUGGGUGCUGCCACCAGGGUUAUCAGCUCGAGCCUUAGGAGGAGUCUUUGAGCUGGAUUGGAUAUCAAGGAGAGAUUUAUCAUUCACCAAGACACAGCAUCUUUACAAUCCUUGGAAUGAAGGCAAACCAGUUAAGAUUGGCAGGGAUGGUCAGGAAAUAGAACCCCGUGUGGCAGAGGAGCUCUGCAGAUUGUUUCCAAAAGACGAAGGAAUAAAUCUAACGCCUGUCUUGCAUAAGAGUAAACGUGCAGCCCGAGUGGCCCGUGCCAGGGGUCCACUACGUCGGCCACUACAAUCAGCAGGAGACCGUCGUGGCCGUCCUAGAGAACGUGGAGGCUUCAGAGGUCGGGGGGACAUUGGCUUCAGUCGUGGUGGUGGACGGCGACGGAGAUUUGACGGCGAGGAUUAUGGUCCCAGAGUAAAACGCUUGAGAGGUCCACCAAACUUUAGAGGCAGAACUGAAAAACCAGCACCCACAUACGCUCGUGAACGUGUGAGGGAGAGAUCACCUGUGUAUCGCAGUGUACCAAGACGAGAAGGAGCCUCAUACAAUGGCAACAGCAGCCAUAAACUGGAAUCUUCAUUGCAGACCUAUCAAGACUUCAUGCGAGAGAUGCGGGACUUCCACUCACGUGCCCCAAGUAAUUUACCCCCCAUGGCCUUUCCUCCUCCGCCGCCCUUUGACCCCAUUGGUCCACCUCGCUAUUAUGACGGGCCUCCAUUACCAGAGUAUCCAGCAUCACGAUCUCGUUCUGAAAAGAGACCUUCAGCUGAUCCAUAUGACCGUAGUGUGGAUGAGUUCUUGCAGCGGACGAGGGAUCGACGUGAACGAAGUCGUGAGCGUCGAUAUCGAGAGCGUAGAUAAAGUGGGUUUUUUUUUUUUUUAUCAUCUUGUUUUGAUAAGAUUUUAAGAAACUUUGAAAGGACCAAAAUGUGCAGUAGUAGAAAUUGCAUGUGAGUUUUAGAUGUGUGGUAUGAUAGAGGUGAAAAGGUGAUCAGUUUAGAAAAGGAAACAGGAAAGUGUGAAUGCACUUGUCUGAAAACCAUUAAUGCUUCCAAAGAGUAUUUUGGAUGGCUACCUCACUUAUUACCUCUGGCAAGUGAGUUAGAGUUUAUAGUUCACAUUUAGUUUUAAUUUGUAUUGAGUACAGGGUAUUUGCCUUGACCCUAUGUAUGAUAAUUCUUCUUUACUUGUGUUUCAGUAGGAGUAUCAACCCUGCUCUUGGAUUGUAUUAAUCAAUAUUAUUUUAUGUAUACAAGUAAGGCAAUACUGUAUUCAAUUUGUUCAGUAAUACGAGGGUCAUUCAAUAAGUAAUGAGACUUUUUGAUGUAGAUGCAGAAAAGGGGAGGGGCAAGCGGCAAUCAAUGUAGCAAAGGGGAGGGGCAAGCGGCAAUCAAUGCAGCAAAGGGGAGGGGCAAGCGCAGCAGUCAUGUUACUUCAUGCAUAAGCCACAUCUUAUUUUCUUUUCGUUUUUGGUCAGUUCAUUCAAUUAGUCUCGAGUAAGUGUUGCAUUAACAAUGAACGCUCCACUUGAACUUUGUACUUUAGAAGAACAAUGAUCUGUUAUUCGUUAUUUAAAUUAAAAAAGGAUAAACCCAAGCAAAAUUCAUCACAGAAUGUCACUUCAAUACUGAAGCAAUCGGUUGAACAAACUUUUACAAGUGGUUGUACAAUUCAAGAAUGGACAAACAAGCAUUCUGGACGAAGAUCAUGCCGGAUGACCUGUCAGAGUUUUAACGCCCACAUUGCACCAUAUGCAGGAAGUGAUGAGAAAACUGGGCUGGGAGAUUUUACCUCACCCCACAUACAGUCCAGAUCUUACACCAUCAGACUACCACAUGUUUGGUCCACUCAAAACAGCUUUAUGUGGAAACCAUUUUUUGAAUAAUGAAAAGGUGAAGAAAGAAACCAGAAAUUGGUUAUGGAGUCAACCGAAAGAAUUUUUCACCACAGGAAUAAGAAGACUUGUAGAAAGGUGGGACAAGUGCAUAGCUGUAGAGGGAGAUUGUGUGGAAAAAUAGGUACUGUAUGUGAUCAUUAUUAAUAAAUCAUUACUUCUGCAGUUAUUAAUUUGUCUCGUUAUUUAUUAAAUGACCCUCGUACAUUGAUGUAUAGCAUCAAGCAAGAGUGCAAAUAAAACUUGUAAAACAUUCAUAUGUCCUUUAAUAGUAUUAAUUAAUACUUAAUCAA